GGGUGCGUGUGUGUACAAAGUUGAUAUGACCACAAUGACAACCUGUUUCGUUCACACUUCUGCUCGACUUCACCUAUGUUUUCCACUCACACUAAUUUUUUCCACUGAUGGUAAAUAGAGCCUAAAAUUCUGCUCUGCUACAUUUACAGGUUGAUCUUCAACAACAGUCAUUACAGCAGCAAUGAACAAAUCUGAGGAGGAGACCAUUGUCUUCAACUGUACAUUGUGGAAUAUUUCUCUUUCCUCAUUCUACAUCCUGGUUUUCAUCAUCGCCGUGCCUGGGAAUGUCUUGGCAUUGUGGGCGUUCUGUCACCAGAAAAGCACAUCACCAUCUAAGGUCUUCCUAAGGAAUCUAUCCAUUGCUGACAUCUUUUAUAUUCUUGUUUUACCCAUGCGUAUAGUUUACCACCUCUCUGAUAGCCAAUGGCCCUUUGGACACAUUCUCUGCCAACUAUCAGGCUUCCUCUUUUACGUAAACAUGUAUUGCAGCCUUUAUCUGAUGAGCUUCAUCAGUCUGGACAGAUUGCUGGUUGUGCUUUUACCUUUAAGAUCCCAGUCAGUUAGGAAGCCUUUGUAUGCAAAUGUGGCUGUUGGCAUACUUUGGGUGACAGUUAUUAUUAGCAUGAGUCCAACGCUUUUCUCAAAAAAGGAUAACACCAACUCAUCCAGCGUCUGCAACAAGCUGUACCUAGAAAAGACAUCUUCUAGGGCUUUGAUUUCCACUAUUGUGGCUUUUUUUAUCCCCCUCACAACCAUAGUUGUCUCCUACGUACUUAUUUUGUUGAAAGUAAGGAAACUCAAACAACAGGAAGAGCGUCCGGUGAGAGAUAAAGCUAUAAAAAUGAUCAUAAUCAUUGUAAUGAACUUCCUCUUAGCAUUUGUUCCCUACCAUGUGAGCAGGGUAAUCUUCAUACAAAGUCACAGUUAUGGCAAUAUUACUGCAGCAAGCUGGGAGUCACUAAGAAGAGCCAAUCAGAUCACAUCUGCACUGACCUGCAUUAGUGGAGUGCUGGAUCCUGUCAUGUAUUUCUUCUUGAAUUGUGCAUACAGAGACACGUUUCUUCAGCUGUUCUGUAAAAAUAGGCAUCGUGAUCUGUAAGCAAGAUGUAAAUAUUCUGAAACAAAAAAACAAAGCUUAUAUGAACAUCUGAAACUUCUUUUAAGUAUUGAAGAUGAUGCAUAAAAUAUGUGACAGGAUGACAUUAUAAAUUUAGAACUGAAACCUCAUGUUCACUUCUCAUGCAGCUCUUCUGAAACUUGCCACCACAUUUUAUUAUUGAAGAAAUGAAGUGAAAAUUGACUUCCACCUUUGAGUGCAACCAUAAUUUUCAAGAAGGAAAUACUACAAGUGAAUUGUGGAAAUGUUGUUUGUUGUACUAAAGAUAUUGCCAAGUUAAAUAGGAUUAUUAAGACAAUUGUUCUUUUCUUUUAUCACUAGUUUUCUGAAAUGUCAUGUUUAUAUAUAUUUGAUAUUCCUCUGCUUACCUGUAUUAAAGACUCUUAUUAUCCCAUUAAAAAACGUAUAUGGCAAUUUUAUUUUUCAAGGUCUGAUUUUUUUGGUGUGCAAAGACGUUUUAUUUAGUGCCUCUUUGGGACUGGCUCAUGUUGGAGAUUUGCCAGGU